AUGCUCGGAAUAUCCAAUAUUUGCAAAGGAUACAAAUCCUUUGUUAUGAAAUUGUCCCCCAACAACCAUCACAAGAAUGGACAAUCCAAGUUUACAGACAAUCAUGAAACCACCAAGGAGGAAGAAAAUUUUACAAUUAGUUACCCAACAACACCAAUAGGCAGUUUUGAUCAUCAACGAAGUAUUGAUGAUAACUUCUUCUCACGUCGAAGUCUUUCAAGGACUGGGAGUAGAAGAUGUAAAACACCCACCCCGAGGACCUUCUCAAGAAGUGCAAGCCGGAGCACCACCCCUACGCCGACGACGUUAUUGAGAGAUAUGAGUCUUAGGCAAUCGUCAGAGACCGAAACCUCUGCCUCAAUAUCAAGAAAUAUGAGUCGAAGGCAAUCGUCAGAGACCAAAACCUCUGCCUCAAUAUCAAGAAAUAUGAGCCGACGAAGCACCUCAGAGACUGAAUUUCAUGCCUCUCUAUCAAGGAAUAUGAGCCGGAGACGCCCAUCUGAGACUGAAAUACCCUCUCCAUCACCCGCAGCCUCUUCAGUGUCAGCACCUGCCUCUCCGGCGCCUGCCUCUCCGGCGCCUGCCUCUCCAUCACGGACUCUAUCACCUAGUGCCAGUAGAACAUCAGGCACAUCUGAUCAACCGGACAAACCUUCCACACCUCUGUCAAGAAGUAUUAGCAAGAGGAGCCCAACGCCUAUCGUGUUCUCUCGGACAACUGCACGAAAGAAAGCUCCUCCGGUUGAGAAGAGGCUUGGAUUCACACUUGAGCAGUUGUGCCAUGGAUGUGUAAAGAAGAUCAAGCUUACAAGAGAUGUCAUUAACGAUGCCGGGAUUAUUGUCCAAGAAGAGGAAGUACUGCAAAUAAACGUGCAGCCUGGAUGGAGGAAAGGUACGAAGAUUACAUUCCAAGGAAAAGGAGAUGAGAAACCAGGGUACCUCCCUGCUGAUAUAGUCUUCUUGAUAGAUGAAAAGCGGCAUCCCUUGUACAAAAGAUCAGGCCGCGAUGACUUGGAAAUGGCCGUUGAGAUUCCUCUGGUGGAUGCACUGGGAGGCUGCUCAUUUCCAGUUCCUCUGUUAGGAGGUGACAACAUGAAACUCUCAUUCGAUGACAUCAUAUAUCAUGGCUACGAAAAGGUCAUCCAAGGACAAGGCAUGCCAUUGCUUAAGGAACCAACAAGGAGAGGCGACCUCCGGAUCACGUGUCUAAUAAACUUUCCGACAACUUUGAGUGAUGAAGAACGUGCAGAAGCUGUCAACAUUCUACAAAAUUGUUCUUAUGAUUAA